GUAAUCUUCAUCUAUUUAAUGGAGAAAUUGAUAAUGUAUUUUUUAACCUUCAAGCAAAAUACGGUGAAAUGUUUGAAGUAUUUAUAGGUUCAGAACGUAAAAUUUGGUUAGGAGAUGCAAAACUUAUUAAGAAAAUUAAUGACCAUCAUCAAAAUCAAACUUUCCAAUUCGUGCUAAGGAAUCGUGGAACGAUGGUAACUCAAAGUAUUAUGAUAUAUUCAUUCUUAAGUCAAUUUGUUCAAAAUUUUUUAAUGAAUUGGAUGGAUACUGGAUGGUUUCAGGAAAUGAAUUUGAUCUCUCAAAAUGGAUUUACAAAGACAGAAGAAAAGAAAUUGAAAUACCCAAAAGACGAAAUAUUAAGUUCAGAUAUCUUAACAUUGUUUAUAUGUGUUAAUGCAGAAAGGAGUAUGCGAAUUAAUAAAGAAAAUAUACCUAUGGUUGAUGACGAGAUCAUGCAGCUUAUGCUCGAAUCAAUAACUGGAGGCUCCACGUUAUGCUUCACAAUAUCCUUUCUUUGCUUGAAUCCUGUAGCAAUUUAUGAAGAAAUAGAUCGAAUCUUUUGUAAUGAUAGAGCUCGUCCCAUAACUACGAUGAUAUUAUUAAAAAUGACUUAUACUGAAGCUUGUAUUAAAGAAUCUUUACGUAUUAUCCCUAUAGCACCAAUUCUUUAUAAAA